UGCAAUGAAUCAUAUUUGUUGAAUGUGUGUAAAUACAACACUAGUUUGACUGUCUAUUACAAUAUGUAUAGUACUAUAAACCCAAACCCAUCUCACAUGUGAACCAUUGAAUAGCAAUAAUGAUAACUAAAUCCAACAUUAAUUGCAAUCAAAUGUUUGGUUUUGUUUUAAAUUAAUUGUCAUUUUGUUUGAAUUCAAUCGUUUGAUUCAAUAUUUAUCACAUUAUCUGUCAAUUUGUUUACAAAUUGUUUUUCGAUAACAUUUCUUAACCAAAGAAAAGCAGAUUUUUUAAUAAUAAAUAUAUUUUUCGUCAACUUUUUUCUGUGCCGAAGAAGUGGCCAAACAUUUUGUCAUAUAUUUAAUAACCGAUUAACUUCUUGUACACCAAAACGAAAUGGACAACAAUAAGUUGAUUGAGUUGUUUAAGGGAACAAUUGAUCCCAAUCUGAGAGCCGACGCCGAGAAACACUUGGAACAGGUCCACAAAAUCAUCGGAUUUGUACCGUCGAUACUUCAGGUUGUGAUGGACAGUAACGUAGAAAUGCCUGUCCGUCAGGCAUCGGCCAUCUAUAUGAAGAAUCAGGUGGUAACCAAUUGGGCCGAUAAGCCGACGCCACCACCCGGACAACCAACCGGCCAAAUGGUGUACUCCAUCCAUGAACAGGACAGAGGCGUUAUCAGAGAACAGAUAGUCGAAGCCAUAGUGUUGGCUCCCGAUCUCUUACGCGUUCAUUUGGCCACUUGUGUCAAUCAUAUGAUUAAACAUGAUUUUCCCGGUCGUUGGGUUACAAUUGUCGAGAAGAUUGCCAUCAGUUUGCAGACACCCGAACCCAACAGAUGGAUGGGAGCGCUGGUGGCUCUCUAUCAGUUGGUCAAGAAUUUUGAGUACAAGAAUAAUGAAGAUCGGACACCAUUACUGGAAGCCAUGAAACUGUUGGCUCCCGUUGUUUAUCAACUAUUUGUUAAUCUGAUGCCCGAUCCAAGUGAACAAUCAGUACUUCUUCAGAAACAAAUGUUGAAGAUAUUCUACGCUUUGGUUCAGUAUUCUUUACCAUUGAGUUUAUUGACAAAUGAAAUCUUCACUCAAUGGAUGGAAAUUUUUAGACAAAUUGUCGACAGAGAUGUUCCUCAAGAUUUAAGUAAUAUAGACAUUGAUGAGCGGCCAGAGUUGGCCUGGUUUAAGGCCAAAAAAUGGGCGGUUAGGAUAAUGACACGAGUUUUUGAACGAUACGGUUCACCGGGAAAUGUCCACAAAGAGUAUAAGGCAUUUGCCGAUUGGUAUAUUAAAACUUUCUCACACGGAAUCAUUCAAGUGAUGCUUAAGAUCUUAGAACAAUACGGUCAUAAAGUCUAUGUCCCGCCAAGAGUUAUGCAACAGUCACUUAAUUAUCUGAAUACAGCUGUCAAUCACGCCUUUACCUGGAAAUUAAUUAAAGCUCAUAUGACUAUAAUUGUUCAAAACAUACUGUUCCCACUCAUGUGCUAUUCCGAUGAAGACGAAGAACUUUGGUCGACUGAUCCACAAGAAUAUAUUCGAAUCAAAUUUGAUGUCUUCGAAGAUUAUGUCAGUCCCAUAGUAGCCGCUCAAACACUUUUGCACACCUGCUGUAAAAAGCGUAAAGAAAUGCUUCAAAAAUCGAUGGGAUUUGCCGUUCAAGUAUUGAGUAAUACUAACUCUGAUCCGCGUAUGAAAGACGGUGCUCUUUAUAUGGUUGGUGCGGUGGCAGACAUUCUGCUCAAAAAAGAUUUAUACAAAGAUCAGAUGGAAAACAUGAUAGUGGCCUACGUGUUCCCUCAAUUUCAAUCACCUCACGGUUAUCUAAGAGCCCGUGCCUGUUGGACACUUCACUACUUUCAUGAAAUACAGUUUACCAAUGAUGCCAACCUAUACCAAGCUUUGUCUUAUUUGCAAAAUUGUUUGCUUACCGAUAAAGACUUGCCGGUCAAAGUACAGGCAGCCAUUUCGAUGCAGGAAAUGAUAUCAUUUCAGGACAAAUCAAAACAAAUGAUUGAACCAAAUAUAACACAAAUAGCACUGGAAUUGUUGAAAGUGAUUCGUGACACAGAAAGCGAAGAGAUGACUAAUGUUAUACAGAAAGUGGUUUGCAUUUUCAGCGAACAAUUGACACCGAUUUGCGUACAAAUGACUGAACACUUGGCCCACACAUUAAGUCAUGUGAUUAAUCCGAGCGCUGACGAUGACGGCGAAGACAAAGCAUUGACUGCAAUGGGAAUUCUCAACACAAUUGAUUCGAUUCUAAUUAUGAUGGAAGAACAGAAAGACAUUAUGGAAAAAUUAGAACCAAUUGUUAUACAAAUUAUUGUUUCCAUCUUUAAUCAAGAAUUAAUGGAGUUAUAUGAAGAAGCAUUCUCUUUGAUUGCAACCAUUACCACAAACACGAUCUCUCUAAACAUGUGGAAGAUAUUUGAGAUGAUGUACCAGAUAUUCAACAAAGACGGCUUCGAUUACUUCACUGAUAUGAUGCCAUCGUUGCAUAACUUUAUAACCGUAGAUCCCGAUGCUUUCAUUGGCAAUUCAAAUAAUAUAUUAGCCAUUUUCGAAAUGAGUAAAUCGAUAAUGAAUUCAGAAUCGGGCGAAGAGGCCGAAUGUCACGCAGCAAAGCUCUUGGAGUGUAUUAUAUUGCAGUUCAAGGGAAGGAUAGACACUUGCAUUCCUUCGUUUGUCGAAUUGGCUAUAACUCGGAUGACUAGAAAUAUAGAAGCAGAAGAUUUGAGGACAAUUUGUCUUCAAGUGGUUAUCGCCGCUCUAUUUUAUAACUCAGACCUAACGUUCCAGAUCUUAGAGAAACUUCAAAUGCCUAACUCUAAUCAAUCUCUAAUCAAUCAUUUUAUUAACAAAUGGAUUGCAGACACUCACUGUUUUGUCGGUCUUCACGACCGCAAGAUGUGUGUUCUCGGUCUCUGUACUCUAAUGAGUCUUGAAGUUAACAAAAGGCCACAAGCGCUCAACGAUUUGGCCAAUCAAUUGAUGCCAUCAUUAUUACUAUUGUUUGACGGUCUCAAAGAAGCGUAUAAAUCUAAAGCUGAAAAUGAAUACGAAUCGGACACUGAUUCUGAUGCCGUUACUGAUGAUGACGAAGAAGGAGACGAUGUGGAAGAUUUAGAUGACGAUGAAGAUAAUGUCAGAGGUAAUGAUGGAAAAAUUCGAGUACUGGUUAAACAAUUCAAUAAAAACUGUCCCUUUCCUGUCACAUCAGCACAUGUUAUGGAUGACGAUAGAGAUGAAUCAGACAUAGAUGACGAUGACGACGAAGAUGAUGACGACGAUUUCGAAUUGACUGCUUUAGAAUCAUAUAAGACAUCCAUUGAUUCGGAUGACACACCCGAUGAUGAGUACAUAAUAUUUAAAGAAUUGCUCGAAUCUAUACAACAAAAGGAUCCCAAUUGGUAUAGUAUAUUAAUGUCACCACUUAAUGGAAAUCAACAAAAAUCAAUUCAAGAGAUAUACACUUUGGCUCUCCAGAGGAAAGCCGCUGCAGAGUCUCGAAAGAUAGAGAAGAGCGGCGGUUAUAUGUUUGCCAACGCCAACGUUCCGACCAGUUUUAACUUCGGUGGUACUCCCCUAUCGUAACCAUAGCUGACACCGAUUUAGUUUUUUAAUUACAAUUUUUAUUAUUAAAUUUAAUUCAAAGUUAUCUGCUCUUAAAAAAUAAGCUAUAAAUUAAAUACUGUAUA